UGCAAAUAGCACUGUUAAUCAUAGGAAAGAAGAGUGGGAAUGCCGACCUACGUUUCUGGUUGCGGUGGAGUGCCUGGUUCUUUAGAGGGUUCCGGCUCAGGUUCAGCUUCCGGUUCAGGCUCUGGCUCUGGCUCUGGCUCUGGCUCUGGCUCUGGCUCUGGCUCUGGCUCUGGCUCUGGCUCUGGCUCUGGCUCUGGCUCUGGCUCUGGUUGAGGCUCGACUGGCCGUGGAGGCUCUGGCUGGCCGACAUCC